AUGUCGGAUUCAGUUGAUCGUGUCUUCGUUCAUGCCUUGAAUACCGUCAAACGAAUCCCUCGGACGGGCACCGCGCGCCCUCCGACGGCGGAGCGAUUAAAGCUAUAUGGAUUGUACAAGCAAAGCAUGGAAGGAGAUGUCGAAGGAGUAAUGGACCGACCCGUUGGGAAUACAACAGAUGUCUACGCGGAGUGCGAGAAAUGGGACGCUUGGUUUGCCCAACGCGGUGUUUCCCGUACAGAAGCCAAACGCCGCUACAUUUCCACCUUAAUCGAAACCAUGCACCGCUACGCGUCGCAAACCUCCGAAGCGCGCGAGCUCGUCGCAGAGCUCGAGUUCGUCUGGGAUCAGAUUAAGACCAACACCGCACACAUGCCGCUAUCGUCGCCAUCAUCACCUGAGUCAGGGAGCCAUGGGAUGUCGCAUACACAGAGGGUCGGGGUUCCGCCGUUGUCGCCGCCGGAGGUACGGCAGUCGCAGUUGCAGGCGUAUUCGCAGUCGCGGUUGUUACAGCAGCAGCAACAGCAGCAACAACAGAGAGGGUAUGCGAAUAUUGGGGGACGGUUGGCGCAGCCGUACGAGGAUAUGGUUGCUAUUGCUACCGCGAAUAAUGGGAGAGAGUCGUCGAGAUUACGGGUGUUGAGCCCUGUUAGUCAACCGGAUGAAAUAUACCAGCGUCGGGGGAGGCGGAUGCAAGACUAUGAGGAUAAUGGGAGUCAAGGGCAGCAUCUCGACGACGAAGACGAGGAAGAGGAAGAGGAGCAGUACGAGGAGGCGCAGGAUACUCUUUACGAUGAAAACGACGACAACGACCAACAUCACAGCAAACACACCUCCGAUGAGGAGCUCAACCAGGAUGGCGGAGACUCUUCAUCUUCCGUCCAACAACAUCAGGGCAGCAAACUCUCCCACAGUAACCAUAACAACGACAACACUCGCAAAAGAAGCAAACCAUCAGACACCCGUCGCUGGCGACGUAGAGUCGAGCAGGCCUUGACCAAGAUGACAGCUGAAAUUGCCGCUGCUCGCGAACAAAUGGAAAUCCGCGCCAUCCAACACCGUCGCCGCAACAGCGCCUGGGCUUGGUUGAAAUGGCUGGCGUGGGUAACGUUGCGGCAGGUGCUGUGGGAUUUGGCAGUGUUGGCGAUGCUGUUAAUAUGGAUGCGGAUAAAAGGGGAUAGACGCGUAGAAGAGAAGUUGAAGAAGGGUUGGAGUGAGUUGAGGAGGAGAUUGGGGAGAUUGAGAAUGGUGAGAGGGCAUUCUGGGGUUAUGUUGCCAUAA